AUGCAUGUUCCAGCGAAGCCAAUCGACAGCGGGGUGCUGGCACAGUUUCCUUUUCACCUCAACCCUCUCUUUGAGCUUCGUAACGCACCGGAUCUCCAAAGAACAGCUGUCACAGCCGACUCCAACAGUGCGGUUUCGUCUGCAACAGCAACCGCCGCCUCGGGUAGACCAACAACAAGAUCGUCAAGGAUUUCCGGUUGUCGUCAGUUGAAGCCUCUGCGUCGACUGGCUGAGGCAGCAUCUUUAGCGAGCGAAGAUGCAAUUAGCGACCACUACAUUGCAGAUUCUACCGGAAAGUCCUUAGCCAGCCACAACUUUCAUCGCCUUCUGGGGGCCGCUGACGAUUCGGUCAGCCAGAAAAUGUGGGAAUCUGAACUCCCGCUUGGCAGCAAUUCGGCUGGCGAGAUGCUGAUAAAAUAUCAUCUCUUCAGCUGGGAACUCUAA